UUUACUUAGUAAAUUCGAUAAAAUUUAUCCAAUUCAACACAAUUUUAACGUACGGCUAUGGUUUAGCUGGAAAUCCAGAAUGCAGCCAAUUUUAAAUUUCACCGUGCCGUAUGAGGAUCCAUCCACAUUCAAUUUUGCAGCAGGUAUACCCUACGUACGCGAAUACAACUAUAUCUUACGCCGUAAAUAAGUAAAUAGUCUGUCAGUUUCUCUCGUUCGAAUAGGAGAGAACGUCGUGUUUUGCGUUUAAUCGGCCCGGCAGGCGAACUCGAUUGUCCCACCUUUUUCGCCGAGUCACAUGGCCGGCGAUUGUGCAUAUUAUUUUUUUUCGAUUUGUCGGAAAGCCUGCUAUCGCCCGUUGCGAACAAACGGCGUGCGUACUUAUAGGAUGGGGUUUUCGAAUUCGAAACGUGCGGAAAACUAAACGAAAACAUUGCAUUCGCGACGGAUCGGUGCGUGUUUGUGUGUGCGUGAAAAGGAAAUGUGUUUUUCUGCUACGGUGUGUCAAUAAAAAAGAUGGGUUUAUCGUGAAUUUUUGGUGAUUUGUUUACAAUGAGGAUUAACUGAAGUUUUGUGUUAACUGUGGCGCUUGAAUGAUGGUAUCGGAGGAUUCACGUGCCGCAGUAUCGAAACGAUUGCCAAGCGACGGAAGGGUCGAAGUCCGGCCGACGAAAGGGAUUAGCAAAAUGUCCAUAAAUAACGCGGAAUUAAGCCCGACUCGAGAGGAUGAAGAUAAGCCGGAUAGCGCGGAGGUGUCGGUGAAGAGCGUCCUCAGCGACAUAUGCGAGAACGCGGUGAACAUCGUCGAAUCGUCGGUGAUGACGCGCGACAAGGCCGCGAAUUCGGACGCGGUGACGUUGAGGAACAAUCACAGGCGGACGUCGGUGUUCGACGGCGAAGUGGCCGAGUUCGCCGAGUGCAGGAACAAUUUCGUGAAUUACCACCGGAGGACGAUCAGCGAGUGUUGCAAUCGCGACGCGUACGUCCUCGACGAGAACGACAACAACGAUUACACCAAAUCGAAUAACCACUUAACCAAAGAGAGCAAAAAGACUGCGGAUAAAGAGAAGAAGAAAAAGAAGAUAUCUUUCAACGCUUUAUUCGGCAAAAAAGACAAGAAACCCAAAGAAACUAGUAAUAAGGAAGAGGAGGAGAAGCACGACGACGUCGCCCAGUUGCCGGUUUUCUUCUCCAAUAACCUGGGGAAGAGCAAGAAAUUCGCGUCCGCGCUGGAGCUGAGCCAUAAAUCGGUGUUGCAACGGACGCCGUCGUUCAUCAAGAAGCUGGUGCACAUCGGCGAGGAGCCCAUCAGCACGCUGAGGCGGUCGUUCAGCUUCCGGGACGUGAACAAGAAGCCCGCCGGGGCGGCGCCGUCUCGCGAGAAGCUCGUCGAGAAGAAGAACCAGGAGUGGAGGCAAUCGCUUCAAUCGCUCGUCGAAACGGAUACUAGCGUCAGCUAUAAUGACUUGAGUUUCGUCAAUUACGAUGCUUUGAAUGACAUCAAUUACGAUCCUGUUAAUUUGACGGCCGGUAAGGGGGAGAAUAAAGGGUACAUCGGCAGGACUCAGAGCAUGAUUGAAAAGACUUCUCCUAAAUUAAAAAGGCCAUCGUACCUUCGACUGUCUUCCGUAAACGAUGACACAAAUAUACCAGUAGCUUCACCAACACCAGCCCAAUCUCUUCCGUCCUUACAUCAUUUCCACCACGAUGUGGAUAGCAUUUCCGAGAGCGCCUCUUCCAUUCACCGAUAUCGACGCCGUCCGCAGAGCAUCAACUCGGACGACGGCGGCGGAGGCGGCAGCAUCACCAGCGGCGGUUCUCGCCGUCCAUCCUACAGCGCUGGGAGCUUCCGAUCGGCCGGGAGCGGCUGUGCCAAAUUGAAGAGGCACAACGCCUGCCGCCAGAAGACCAGAGACCCGUCCUUGUACGUGGAGGUGCGAAGCUCGCGCGACGGCGACGCCGACGACAGAACGGUUCGAUCUCGCAGUUUGAAUCACCUGGACAAUUUGGAAAUGAGGCAGGGCGUAAGCGCCACGGCGGACGCCGCUUUAAAGGAUUCGAGAUCGGAACCGGAUUGUACCAGACCUUUGUUGGCCGCCCCUUCGGCCGCCAACGAUCCCCCCACGCCCACCGCCCACGUGCCCCCCGGCAGAAAACACAUGCUCAGUAGAUCCCAGAAAUCGAGCAGCGAAUGUUUCAGCGUCAACUUCGAAGUCGGCGACGAAAGCACUUGGGAUAAUGAAUUGUUUUUUCCGGCCCAAAGAGGCGUUACGUUGCAUGAUUCCUUGGCGAAGCUGUGCGAGCUUCGCAACAUCGACUUGUCGGCCUGCGAUGCUCGAUUGCAGGACAAAGACAGCAAUUACGAAUGUUUGCUGUUGUUCUCGCAGGAUACGGCCAGUCUCGUCGGCAAGCACGUUAGGAUUAUAGCGAAAGAUUCCAGCAAUAAAAAACUCACCGGAUCAUUGUACAGCAAUCAUUCACGGAAGCAAUCUGGGAGUUAUCGUCCUCGGACGACGAGCUUUUUCAACUCCAGCACCGAGGAGACGAACGUCGUCAGUUCGACGCUCUCCCUGCACGAAGGCGAUCAAAGCAAGAAGCAAAUAAAGCAACGACUGACGGCCUUUUUCGGCAACACUAAGGACACCAAAUACGAAGCCCUCAUCGAACAGUUGGACAAAUACUCCAAGCAGGGUAUCCCGCACAGUUUGAAAUACCCCCAAGGGCAAUGCGAGUCCAUCGACGCCUUGUACAAGAUCGAAGACGACUGGCGCGAAAUCAUCGAAUACAACGAUCUCAACGAAAAGCAACAGCAACAACAAACCGCCCUGUGGGAGCUAAUUAAAACCGAAAUAGCCUACAUAAAAACUUUAAAAGUGGUAACCGACCUCUUCCUCGCCUGUCUCAAGGACCUCCAAUCCAAGAACCUGCUGAAGGAAAUCGAUACGGUGAAGUUGUUCUCGAACAUCACCGAGAUCCUCGACGCCAACGUGGUGUUCUGGCGCAACACGCUCUUUCCGCUCGUGCGCGACAUGCGCAAGUACAAGCGCCCCUCCUGCUUGGAAAUCAUGCUCGACGGCUUCCUCAACAUCCAGGACAUCUUCCAGCCGUACUACAAGUACUGCGCCGAGCAGUCCAGGUGCCAGCACUACUGCCGGGAGAACCUCGACAGCGAGGUGUUCACGGCCUAUUCGACGUGGUGCGAGAGCCAGAAGGAAUGUAACAGAUUGCGAUUAAUGGACAUUCUCGUGCAGCCCAUGCAACGGUUAACCAAAUACGGUCUGUUGUUGAAAGCGAUCCUGCGAAACACCGACGAAGACGUGGAAAAGGAGAACUUGCAGACGAUGAUCAAAAUGGUCGACGAUUUCGUCAAUAACGUUAACUCGAGUUUGAAGCAUCGACAGGACAAAGAAAGAUUGAAGGGGAUCAUAGCGAGGAUCGAAAGUUACGAUAUCGUCGAAUCAAAGGACGACGACAUCGAUAAACUUCUCAAGAAAGAAAAAUCAUUAACGCAACUCGAUUUAACGAGACCCAUGCUGAAUUGUCCCGUCGAAAGGAAACGCCAUUUGCUGCUCGAGGGCGAUUUGAAGCUAAAAGACAGCGGAACGUCUAAGAUGGAGGUGCACUGUUUCCUUUUGACCGACAUGCUGCUGGUGUGCAAACCGUCGACGAAGAAAGGGGGCGCCACGGUGCGCGUCGUCCGGCAACCCUACUUGGUCGACAGACUGGUGGUCACAGAGCUGCCCAGGGAAACCCCGACUUUGGCUAUCGUUUAUAAAAACGAAUUCGACAUGGCCGUGGCCGCUUUCAUCUUGCAAAACAACGACGCGAAGAAAAUUAAGGGAUGGAAGGACGGUAUAGCGAAGGCGCAAACUUUGUACGCCCAGGCGAAGCAAUUGAGCUACGUGGCCGACGAAAGCGUCGACGCCGAUUACAGUUUUGAUUAUAAUUUAGAAAACGAUUAUAGCAGCAUUCAACUCAUACCGAGAUCUCCUCUAGCGACCUCCUCAAGGGCCAGUAGGGUCUCUAGUUUAGCGCACAGCCAUAGUGGUUCGGUGGAGAUGAACGAUCAAUCCUCGGUGGGUUCGGUGAACAAUCAAUCCAGGGCCGUAUCGGUGGAGAACGAGAACCGCACGGGUUCGCUGUCGAGCGACGAAGGCGUGCAGCCGCUGCCGCCCGACAAGAGCCCCGUCUCGCAGAAGAACUCGUUCAAGAACCGGCUGCUGCACAAGACGCCCAACACGCUGUCGGUGCAGCCGUACGGCAGCCUCGGGCAGAGCCUGCCCAAUUUGACGUUGGGAUCGCCGAACGUCGGCGGCGGCAUGAGCUUGACUUUGAACCAGAACACGCUGUCGGUGCCGAGCGGCAAGAACGGCGGGCAUCUGUUGAGCCCAACGCACAGGGGGAUUUCGUACCCGCCGCCGUCGCCCACGAGGGGUAACUUGCGGAGGAGCCUGGCCAUUUCGCAGAGCAAGAAUCCGCCUUUGAUCAAGACCAGGCAGGUGAAUUCCGCCUCCAGCGUGAGCCAGCAGUUCGAUUUCGACGUUCCAGUAAUAGCCGGUGUUUCCCAAGAUGAAGAUAAUUGUGAAUCUUUUAGUAGAGGACAACAUCGUCAAGCAAUGAAAAGAAGUUACAGAUAUCAUACAGCGGGCAUUGUUGACGAUAUAAAAAAAAAUGAUAAUCGAGACGCCACCAUUCAUAAGCGGCUAUCUUGGAAUUGCACAACUCAAGAACAGAAACCCCCAAACGAGGACCAGACAUAGCGUACAAUAAUGAAUCAUUUUGUGUCUUGCAUUUAAAACACUAUAUUUAAAAUGAAACUAUUUUUUAUAAAUAUCAUCGCGCGUUUACGUUGAUAAACGAGUCGAAUGAAAAUGAGGAAACGUGAAACCAUCUGAUAAAAGAAACCCCGAUAUUUAAAAAACUUUGGCAAAAAUAAAUUAGAUUUGUAACGAGAUGAUGUAAUGCUCUCUCGAAUCUUGUUUGAUAAGCAAGAGUAGGUAUUAGAAAAUUCCUUAGGCCGCUUCUUUGCGGUGCUAUUGACUACAUUUAUAUUUUCUGAAAAGUAUAUUAACGCGUUGAAAGAUAUUUAGAUAUUAUUAGAUUAUAAUAGUUGUCCAAAUUGUAACAGUAUCGUGGCUUUCAGCGCGUUAAAUGUGGAUGCAUUGCCUUUAAUAACUUUGUGUACCGAUAAUGGGCUCAUUUAAAAUGAUUGACCAAUUUUGAUGUAAUUAAAAAUAAUUAUCGCCAAUCAAAAGGCCCAUUAUGUCAUAUCAUUUUUCAUACCUUUUUAUGUAAAGGCAAAUGCAACGUACAAUUUUUGGUAUUUCGAGAAACUGCUUCUUUUUGUUCCUAGUUGUAAAUUUUCUAAGUCAAAUUUCACUCUUAAAAAUUUUAUACUACUGUACAUUGAUGCUAAGAUACAAAAUACUAUUUUGUUAAUGCUUAUUAAGCAUUUAAACAUUCCGAAUACAUUCCAAAAUAAAUCUAAGCAAUAUUUGUACCUAAUCAAACUCUAUCAGGCCUAAUCUUCGACUUUUAUAAUGUAAGAAGUUUUAGUGUUAUUUUUUGUGGAUUUUCCUUUAUAGGAAAACGUGUGAUCCUUCACACCGGCUUGUAAAGCAUGAGUGAAUAAUAGUAGUUGAUUAAAAAUAAUGUUCUUUUGUUGAAAAAACCCCAGUACCUAAUGUGAAUUUUUAUAUUUUUAGUAAGAAUCAAAGUUUUCUUUAGUUAAUAUUUAUUUUAUAAUAUUUAACGAACUUUAAUAUGUAUAUUUGUUAUUCAAUGAUUGAAUAAAGUCUUUACGAAC